AUGACAAACACCAACAAGAUGAUCAUCAAUUUGGCUGUCUUUGGCCAGACUCAGAGUGGGAAAAGUUCUGCUGGGAACGUUCUUUUGGGAAGUACUGACUUCUACAGCAGUUUUUCUCCAGGCUCCAUAACAAAAGAUUGCAGCCUGGGCCGCAGUUGUCACCUCCGUGGCUUCAUGCGUCGAGGGGGACAAGAGAUAAGCCUGCAGAUACAGGUUUUGGACACUCCAGGGUAUCCACACAGCAAGCUGAGCACAAGAUGUGUAAAACAGGAAGUGAAGGAGGCCUUGACGCAUCACUUUGGACAAGAGGGUCUCCAUCUUGCUCUGCUGGUCCAGAGAGCAGAUGUGCCUUUCGGACAGGAAGCGUCUGACUCAGUCCAAUUGAUUCAGGAACUUCUGGGAGAUUCCUGGAAGAAUUACACGGCUGUUCUUUUUACCCAUGCAGAAAAAAUCGAAGAGGCUGGGCUGAGUGAGGAGGAAUAUUUGCGUGAGGCUUCUGACACACUGUUGACCCUGCUAAGUUCUGUUCAGCACAGAUAUAUUUUCCUGUACGAAAGAGGAAACUCGUGUAGUGAACAGAGAAUUAAAAUCUUAGAAAGAAUCAUGGAAUUUAUAAAAGAGAAUCACUUUCAAGUUCUUAGUUUUACAUAG